AUGGCUGGAGUUGGAGUUGGAGUUGCAGAAGGAGAAGCUGUUACCCUGCAGGAGCUGAAGAAGAAAAUGGCUGAGUUUUCAAGGGAGAGAGACUGGGAACAUUUUCAUAGCCCUAGAAAUCUGCUUUUGGCUCUGGUGGGAGCAGUGGGAGAGCUAUCAGAGAUAUUUCAGUGGAAAAGAGAGGUUCCAAGAGGACUGCCAUACUGGAAAGAGGAAGAGAAGCAACACCUGGGGGAAGAGCUCUCAGAUGUGUUGCUCUACCUGGUUAGGCUCUCUGACGUUUGUGGCAUUGAUCUUGGUAAAGCCGCACCACGAAAACUGGAGCUCAAUGCCAUCAAAUACCAAGUCUAG